CAGGAAAGAAAAGAAAAAUCUAUUUGCUGUGUGGAGAAUGGACUGGAGAAGAGUAAGAAGUGGGGGUCCAUGCAGGAAGCUGUUGCGGAAGCCCAGAGUAUUUUCAAAUCCACGCCUGGGGCCAACCAGGACCCUGAGUGACCCAGGUGUCUGGGUGAAGACCUGAGCUGGGAGAACAAAGACACUCCUGGAAGGAACCCACGACGAUAGCAGCAUGGACAGGAAGGCCCAGGACGGCGGCAGAGGCCCCCCCCGCAGAGCGGUGCCCCCAGCCGUGGGGCUGCUGCUCUCCAUGGCGCUCAUGAACGUGCUCCUGUACCUCUGCCUUGACUGGUUUUUCAUCGCCCCUCCUCCCUCUGCUCCGGGCUCCACCCACUGUCCCCACGGACACUUCAGAAUGGGGCAGAUGGAAAACUGUUCACCGUGGCUGUCCUGCGAGGAGCUGAGGACCGAAGUGAGGCAGCUGAAGCGUGUCGGGGAAGGAGCCGUGAAGAGAGUCUUCCUGGCCGAGUGGAAGGAGCGCAAGGUGGCGCUGUCACGGCUCACCAGUCUGGAGGUGAAGGAUGAUUUCCUGCACGGGCUGCAGAUGCUCAAAGGGCUGCAGAGUAAGCACGUGGUCACCCUGCUCGGCUACUGUGAGGACGACAACACGCUCCUUACCGAGUAUCACCCCUUGGGCUCCUUGAGCAACCUGGAAGCGACGCUGAACCUUUCCAAGUACCAGACCGUGAACACGUGGCAGCGCCGGCUGCAGCUGGCCGUGGACUACGUCAGCAUCAUCGACUACUUGCACCACAGCCCCCUGGGCACGCGGGUCAUGUGCGACUCCAGCGACCUGCCCAAGACGCUGUCGCAGUAUCUGCUGACGAGCAACUUCAGCCUCGUGGUCAACGACCUGGACGCCUUGCCCCUGGUGAACCGCAGCUCCAGGACGUUCGUCAAGUGUGGCCACCGGGAGCUGCACGGGGACUUCGUGGCUCCAGAGCAGCUGUGGCCCUAUGGAGAAGACACGCCUUUUGACGACGACCUCAUGCCCUCCUAUGACGAGAAGAUCGAUAUCUGGAAGAUUCCAGACGUCUCUAGUUUCCUUUUGGGGCAUGUUGAAGGGAGCGAUAUGGUCCGGUUUCAUUUGUUUGAUAUUCAUAAAGCCUGUAAGAGCCAGACUCCUGCAGAACGACCCACGGCUCAGGAUAUUCUAGACACUUAUAAGAAGGUUUUGAAUUUACUCAGAGAUACCAUGAUGUCCCAGACAAGAGAAAUGCUAUAGAAACCAGUCCUGUCAGUGAAGGACUUUUCAGAAACAAAUGGAAGUGACAGCAGCUCUUGCUCUGACGGUGAGGUCCUCCCCCUGCGUCCACAUGCACACGUGAGUGCUGUGUUCCUUUCCCGGGGACCUGGGCAGAAGUUGCUGAGGGCACACUGGGUUUGGCUGAAGUCAGGCCUCACUCUCUUGUGCUGAUCACUCCCAGCCGAAGACGAGAGAAGCAGGGAAUGUAGCCCGAGCUGAAGGAGGUACCAAAAAUGUAGCCUCAAAGAGUCUGCCCCACCCUCAUUACUGAAUAUGUAAGCUUGUAAGAAACGUAUAUAGAAAAGGUUUCUAAAUGGCAGGAUAUGAGAGAAACGUGCAGUACUUUCCCAAAGACUUGUUUUCCUCAUUUUUUUAGGUGGUAAUCAACAUGACCAGGGUCACAGGACUAUUUGCGAUCUAUUUCACAUGGUAUGAUGAGGCCAUCUUUAGUAUUUUAAAUGAUCAUUUAAAUGUUUAUUUUAAUGAAUGUGAAGUUCUAUGCCAUCCUCUUUCUAAAAACCUAAAGGAGAACUAUGAUAGCAUGCUCUUUGAGGUUUUGAAUGGACAAGGAAUGUUUAGGACAGCAAGUAUGAGGGAAAUUACAUCUCUGUUACUGCCUUGGAUGGUGCCUAUGAAAUUCCUGUUUACCUUCCAGCUAGGUUUUCUGUGUCCAAAAUCAACUAUUGUGAACAAUUUACAUCAACAGUAUCACUCAUUACUGGAAAGUGUCCCACCCUUCCACUUGAGUUACCUGAUGGAAUCCUUUAGAAAGUUCCUUCUUGGUCACUGUCAUUCUCAUUUACAGAGGAUGAUGGAUUUGGUGUGUAUUAAUCACCACUAAUCAGGUGGCUAAAGCUGACACUGAGGGUCAAAGAUGCCCUGCAACAGAUGCUUCCUUCCCUUGAACUUGAGCAGGUGUCAGAAUCACCAGAAUCACAGGGAGCUGGGUCCCAACCCCGGAGUCUUUGACUCAGUAGGUCCAGGCAGAGUCUGAGACUUUGCAUUUCUAACUGGUGCUGCUGGUCUUGGGACUGCAUUUUGAGAGCCACUGUCCUUAACUGUUAGGGAGAGUACCAGAAGCAGUAGGAUAUAAUUAGUAUUCUGUCCUAGUCUACCACUUGUGGGGCUGAUUGGGUCAUCUGGCUCAUCAGAGAAUAUGCUUCCCUGGAGUAUUUUAACUGUCACUUUUUUUUUUUUUUUAAGAUUUUUAUUUUUAUUUAUUUGACAGAGAUAGAGACAGCCAGCGAGAGAGGGAACACAAGCAGAGGGAGUGGGAGAGGGAGAAGCAGGCUCAUAGCAGAGGAGCCUGACGUGGGUCGAUCCCAUAACGCCGGGAUCACGCCCUGAGCCGAAGGCAGACGCUUAACCGCUGUGCCACCCAGGCGCCCCUAACUGUCACUUUUUGUUACAAAAACCCCGCCACAGCCAGCCAGGAUGGCUGGAAUUGAGAGCAUGGGUACUAACAAGUGUUGUCGGGGAUGUGGAGCAUUGGAACACUCCUCCGUUGCCGGUAGAAAUGUCAUACGGUGCAGCUGCUUUGGAAAACAGUCCGGCAGUUCCCCAGAGAGUUAAAAAUAGAGAUGUCGUGACCCAGCAGUCCACCCAAGACCGUUGAAAACAUGUCUACGAAAAAUCUUGUACAUGAACAUUCGUAGCGACAUUCAUAAUAGACGAAAGAUAGAAAUAACCCAAAUGUUCAUCAACUGGUGAUAAAGAAAAUGUGGUAUAUCCACACAGCAAGAUAUUACUCAGCCAUAAAGAGGAAUGAAGUACUGAUAUAUGUUCCAACGUGGAUGAACCUUGGAAACAUUCUAACUGAAAGAAACCAGUCACAAAAGACCACACGUUGUAUGCUUCCAUUUAUAUGAAAUGUCCAGAACAGACAAAUGCAUACAAAUAGAAAGUAGAUGAGUGGUUGUAAGGGGCUGGCAGGGGGUCGGGGUAAAGAAGGGGAGGUACUUGCUCAUGAGUACAGAAUUUCUUUUUGGGGUGCUGAAAGUGUUUUGAGACUAUAUACUGAUGGUUGUAGAAGUCUGAAUAUAUUCAGCUGAAUUGUAUAAAAGGACAAAUUUUAUGGUAUGUGAAUUAUAUCUCAAUAAAAACCCAACCUCUGUGCCAAG